GAGAGAGAGAGAGAGAGAGAGAGAGAGAGAGAGAGAGAGUCGCCUCGCUCCUUCACAUCUGGUUUUGUCUGUCUGAAGUGUCGCUGUUGUUUUCAUUUCUCUCAUCUCGAUCGUUCCUCAGCUGAAUUAUGACCGGUGAAUGGCUGCUGGGAGAUGAGAGUUCGCUCAUGUCUCCGUCAGAGGAGGAGAAGUACGAGGAGCUGUGGGAGCGAGUGGAAGGAGUGCGACACAAACUGACCCGCAUUUUAAACCCGGCGAAGCUGACGCCGUACCUGCGGCAAUGCAAGGUGAUCGACGAGCAGGACGAGGACGAGGUGCUGAACUCCAGUCAGUAUCCACUGAGAAUCAGCAGAGCCGGGCGUUUAUUGGAUAUCCUGAGGGGGCGUGGCGAGCGCGGUCUGCAGGCCUUCAUGGAGUCACUGGAGUUUUACCAUCCAGAGCAGUUCACUCAGCUGACCGGACGACAGCCGACACAGCGCUGCUCCAUCAUGCUGGAUGAGGAGGGUCCUGAGGGUCUGACUCAGUUUCUGCUGCUGGAGGUUCGUAAGCUGCGAGAGCAGUUGCACUGCAGCCGUGUGUGUGAGCGGCGUCUGUCUCAGCGCUGUCGUGUGGCCGAGGACGAGCGUGGCCGAGCUGAACGCAAAGCACAGGAGCUGCGUCAGGACCGCAUACAACUGGAGAGGUUGAGGCAGGACUGGGAGUCUGGCAGUCGUGAGUUGGGUUUGCUGAAGGAGAGACAUUUGGAGCAGGCUGUGAAAUACUCGCGGGCAUUAGAGGAACAACGCAGAGCUACAGCGCGUGAGAGAGAACUGCUCACAGAGGUGGAGCAGCUCAGGAAGAGAUUACAGGAGGUGGAGAAACGAGCUCACGAUGGUCCCGCCCCCGUGCUGACUCAUCACACGAGCAAUGGGGUGUAUGACGGCGCCCCCACAGGACCGGUGGAGAAACCACCGCUCCCUGUGAGAAACAGAGAGCUUAACUCUGGAAAUCAGGCUCUGUUGGACAUCCUGAAGCAGGACCGGCGGGAGGCGGCGGAGCAGAGGCAGGAGCUGAGCAGCACCAUCGCCCGACUGCAGGCCGAGCUGGAGAGCUCCGAGACUCAGAGAGAGAAAUUGGCGUCUCAGUGUGAGCAGCUGCAGCUGCGUCUCAGGACUCUGCAGCUGGACUGGGAGACGGAGCAGAGCAGGAGUGUGUCCUACUUCAACCAGAUCAUGGAGCUGGAGAGAGAGAGAGACCAGGCGCUGCGCAGUCGUGACAGUCUGCAGCUGGAGUUCACCGACUGCCUCCUGGACAAGAACCGUCUGCGCAAACGUAUCGCGGAGCUACAGACCAGCCUGGAGCAGCUGCAGAGAGAGACCGAGAGAAGCAGAGAGCUGAGAGAGCAGAGCAACACCUGCAUGCACUGCUCCCACCUGUCGUUGUUCAGUGAGGAUCAGUGUUUCGGCCCGUGUUGUUCAGUUGAUUUGAGUCCCAGUCCACUCACACUCAGAGCUCAUCUGAAGUCAACCUCUCGAGCUCAGAUCUGUGAGCAGUCUGAAGACUCCUGCUGCUCUAAUUCAGAGGAGAAUCUGCUCACGCCGGAGUGUAACACUGAGAAGGACAUCAACAGACUCUCCACAUUUCCCUUUCCUCCCUGUAUGAACUCCAUCAACCGCAGAGCAAACGUAGAGUUUGAUCUGAAAUCCUGGGGGAGCGAAGAGAACGAGCCACACACAGAGGACUCAGACUCGUGUCUGUUGAGUUCGUGGAGCUCUCUGCCAUCUCAGCUCUUUCCUUCUGACUUGAUCAACAUGACUCCAACUCUCCCGAUCAAACCUUCAUCAUCCUCCCCACGCUUGUCUCUGGCGCUCUCCUCCUCACUCAAAAGCGUCAGUCUGGCCGAUGACAUCACUAUCAUUGGAGGAAACCGGACAGGUGUGUUUGUGCAGACGGUCAGGGAGGGUUCACCUGCACAGAUCUGCGGCCUGAGGGAGGGCAGUGAACUCCUGGAGUUGAAACAGGGGUUGUUCGGCGAGGGUCAUGUUCGUCUCAGUCAGUGUACGGCUGAAGUGGCUCAUUUCUCACUGCAGUGGUGGACAGAACCAAACGCGCUUAAACACACACACAAUCCCGAUGGUUAUUCUCGUUUACUCGCUGAGCUCUCAUCUCCGUCUUUCACCGGUGCCGACUCCUUCCACGUGCGCGUGAACCUUGACCUCUCUCACCAUGGCGACCCACCGUGUCUCCAGGUUUGCUGUGACGACGUGCUGCACGUCACUGACACGCGUUACAAUGGUAAAUAUCAGUGGCGCUGCAUCCGCGUGGACAAACACACGGGGGCGCCACUGCAGGCCGGAGCCGUGCCCAACUACAACAGGGCUCAGCAGCUGCUGUUGGUGAGGCUUCGAACGAUGGCGCUGGAACAGAAUCACUCCAGGAGGAAGUUCUUUAAGAAAACCUCUGAGCGCCUCCGGCUCAUUAAAGCGGUCGCGGCGAACUAUCGCAAGAGUGGCUCAUCCAGUCCGCUGCUCUACACACUCAGUAACCGUCAUGAGGAGCAGCUGAUCCCGUUCAGUCUGGUUCAGAUGGUUGGGGUCUUCAGCAAACGUCCGGUGGUUUUCUCCCCAUCUAUUCUGUCCCGCGGGAUCAUCGAGCGACUACUGCAGCCGUCAGAAUCCGGUCUGGACUUCAACACCUGCCAUCCAGAGCCAGUUGAAAGCUGUGUUCUUCAGGAUAAGAGUGUGUUCCUCAUAGACUCCACAGAUCAACCACUGGGAAUCAAACUACAGAGUAUUCAAGAGGUCAUUAACCAGGACAAACACUGUCUGCUUCAGCUGGGCUUGAAUCAUGUGGAGAAUCUCCUGAAGCACAGCAUCUAUCCCAUCAUCAUCUACAUCAAGCCCAAAGACAAGAAGGGACGCAAGUUCAGGAAGCUGUUAUCGGGCCAGCGAGAGGAGGACCUGAUGGAGGCCUGUCAGAUGGAGGAGCUGCAGCUGGAGACUCUUCCUGUGAUGUUCAGCACGGUGGAGCCGAACACAUGGAGCAGCACGGAUGAGCUUCUGGCUGUCAUACGCAGCAGCAUCCUGAGCCAGCAGAGCGCCAUGGUGUGGCUGGAGCAGGAGCGCCUCCAGUAGAGACACAUCCUGACAUACUCCACAUGGUUCAUGAACAUACCUUUCAUAUACUCCGUAAUGUGAAUCAACUAACUUGAAUUUUUUUUUUUAUAAAAAUAAAAAUAAUGGUAUAUACAUAUAGCAUAUAUAUAUAUAUACAUAUAUACAUAUAUACACACACAUAUAUACAUUUAAAUGAGUUAAAUGCAGGCAAUUUUUUUUUUUAAGUUUAAUGCGUAAAAAAUAUUGUAGGUUAUAUCCUUUCAUAUCAAAGCACAAAAUAAACUAUGUGCAUGCAAUGUCGUGGUCAGGUAAGUCAUGAAGUUACCAAAAAAGAAGUGAUUAAAUCUGUCUUAAAUCUGUGCAUGCAUGUAAUUUAUUUUAUAUAAGUCACAUUUAAGAACAUGUCACUGUCCUGGAGCAGCCCAGCACUGUCUCCCUCAUCUAACACAUCUAACACACCCGAUUUAACUCGUCAGCUCAUUAAUAGAGACUUUAAGAGCUGAAGUGGGUCAGAAAAAAGAGUUGAGUGGAAAUAUGAUUCGUCAGAUCCACGUCACGUUCAGCAGCAGCAGCUCUUAAAGAAACAGCAACCAAAACAAACUAAUAAUCAGCUGCUGUGAUGUCUGUUAAUCAAAGGACAAAGAAAAUGAAAAAACUUUUAUAACUUUAAGCAUUCAUCUUUAUUUAAUUUAGAAUUUAGUGUUUGAUUAUUUCAACUUCUUGAUAUUUCUGCUGUUUAUUAUAAUGGGUUUAUGUGAAGAUUGUUUUAAGUUCACUUAAAUGUUCAAACUGAUAUCCCUCAAUGAUACUGUAAUGUUGAAUAGCUGUAGUCAGUGGUUAAAUAUUGGGGGGGGGGGGGUUACAGAAAAGUCAGUAUCAGUAUCAUUGAUACUGGCCAUCAAUCAUAAAAGAAGUACCAUUAAACAAAUAUAUAUACUGUCUUUAUGUUGAUUGUACAUUAAUGUGAAAUGUGAAGAUUGAAUGUGAAAUUAUUUCAAUAUGAAAUUAUAAAAAAGCGUGUGCGAUUUAAUACAUUUUUAUUGACUGCAGUAAUUAUAUAUAAAACGACAAACAAUAUACAACUGAUGCUGGAGAAUAGGUUUUAUGCACAUGUUAUAUAUUAUCUUUUUACUAAGCACUUUUUUAAAGUAGUUUUUAUUUUAUUUUUUAUCUGUAUUUAUUAUGAUCUCCGACCAGGAGAACGGCACGGCUACAUUCAUACAGUGUUUAGGAUCGACUACCAUCAGGUGUUGCUACCAUAGAAAACAUUUCUGAUAUUGAUCAAAUCUGUGAACCAUCUGUUAAGUGUAUAUCUAUCUAUCUAUCGAUCUAUCUAUCUAUCUAUCUGUCUGUCUAUCUGCUUGUGUUUCUCUUAAUCAAUUCAAUAAUUCCCGGGGCCCAUAAAAUGUAGUUUGUGAUGACUGUAAAGCAGCUCAUGUUCAGAGCUUCUUGCAGAUAUCAGAGUCAUUUCCAGCAUCAACCAGCUCCACUCGUGGGACCUUUGGCUGAGAGGAAAAGACCAUCUUUUAGAUUAACACUUACAUCUGAAGGAGCUUCCAGCCCCUUGGGAUUUUACAUGUCAUCUUAAAACACAUACAAACUAGGGACAUAUCUGCUGUGAAGCCUGACCCAUGAGAGGCAUGUUUGUACUUUUGCCCUCUUUUGCUUCUCUUGUUUUAAACACGUCCUCUAUUAAACAACCAAAGAACACUUUUUACAGACUCAUAUUUAAUAUUGGUAUUUGAUGUGUAAAUUGUUUUUUUUAACAAUAUACUUUUAAUAAAACAUUUGCAAAUGGUUGUAAAAGCA